UCUGUUUUUAUUUUUACUGCAAAAGUUUUAUGUAGUCUGAGAGUUUUAAUACUACAGUAUUGAAUCCAUAUUCAUGGUAAUAUUUGUUACAAUGUGUCGACUACUUCUGAGUAUUAUUGAUUUUUCUAUAUUCUGGCGUUGUAGCAUUAGUGUAUAGUGAUUUUUGUUACCAAAUAAAUGAAUUUGUCUUUAGAUUUCUCUACUAUGACAAAUAAACUUAAUAAAAUAAUAAUAAAAUGUAUGGAAUAUUUUACUACAUGUAGUAUUUAUAAUUUAUCUAAUAUUUUCACUUCACUCACUUUCUACUUAAAAUAAUGUAAACAGUAAAAUUGGUCAUGCUUUACUAGGAAAAACUCAAUAGAAAGCGCUAGCUGUUCUAGCAUACUCAAGUACAAUCAGAAAAUGAUUGAAAAUAAGUUUUCGUUAUUAUAUACUUGUCAACAUACAAAUGUAUUACUAUCAUGAAAUGAAAAUUUUUGUUGUUUGUUUAAUGUUUAAACCUGUAUUUUUUGAUGAUAUAAUCUUAGAUUUCCACAUUAUGAACUAACGUUAAUUGUAGACAAUUGGAGCGUGCGUACACAGGAAUACUAAAAAAUUUAAUUAAUUGUAUUUAAAUAAAAUGUUAAAAUCGCGAUUCCGUAAUUUCAAGAAGAAUUAUGUGAUUGACUUUGUGUAUUUAAAGAUUAUUCUUUUUGUAUAGAUUAAAAUAAAAUACUUUAUAUUAGUUCUUAAAAUGGUAAUAGAAUAUAAUAAAUUAGAACGAAAGAAGAUUUUUAGUCAAAAUAAUGGUGCUCUUAUGCCAGGGAGCAUCGACGGAAAUUAAGUCAAAAUAUUCUUAAUUUGGACAAGGUGCAUCCGUAGUAAUGCAAUUAUCCGAAAGAAUUAAUGUGCCAAACUGCAUGUUGUUUUUCCAAUCUAUCUGAGACCAACAUUAAUUUUAGCUUCGAUGCGAAGCUGAGAAGGUACACCGGACAUUGUCCAACCUUAAAGUUUCGUUUUGGAAAGCGAUAUGGAGCUAACACACUAGAUAUUAUUAAGGAACUUAAUGAAAAUGGUGUGUUAAAUCAAUACAAUUUUAGAAACAUUUAUGAUAAAAAUUGUGUAUUUAGACAACUAGCACCUAAACCAUGUGCUGAAGAUUUAAAAAUUAAUAUGGAUAAAAAUGAAAAAACGUCUAAAAUAAACCAACGAUAUAUAUUAGGUUAUACUGGUUAUAUACCAGGAAUGAAUUUUCAGUAUGGAAAAACUUUUUGUAGUCUUGCACAGGAGUGCGAGAAAAACAUGCUGACCAAAAUAUCAACAGAACGAAGUCGGAAUAUAAUUGAAAGACCUGUUCGUCUGUUUCCGUCAAAAAUAGUACUAGAUAAAACAAAUAAUCGUUUACAAAAUACGUUAAACAAAUAUAAAAAAAGUAAAGACUUUAAAGAUCAUAAAGUAUCUGCAGAAUUGCCGCCUAUAACUGGCUACACUGGACAUAUUCCAAGACUUAAAGCAUCGCAUAUUUCUGUAAGCUUGCCUUUUCAUCAUUCAGCAAAACUUGGCCUGUCAACUUUAAAAGAGAGCGAUCUGAAUAAUUCGUUGUCCCAGAAUGUAUGUAAACCAUUUAGUUCCUCAACCCUUAAGAGUGUGGCCACCAAAACAAUUUAAGUUCUUUUUGUUUAUAUGUUUGUGAAAACUUAUGAUUUCAAUGGACAUUGGAAGUACCUAAUAACAUUGCAACAGCGGAUUUUGUCGGUUUAGUAUUUUGCAAUGUUGGGUAUUCACAGCAAAUUCAAGGGAUUUUCCAUUAAUCCAUACUCUUUAUAUAUGUAUAUCAUUUUAAAGAAAAUAAAUAAAGAAUUUAUGCAAAUUUAUUUAUAGGCAAUACCAAUUAUCUAUUAGUCAAUAAGCUAACUUCAACAUAUAUUAGAUUACUGUAGUUUUUAAGGCAAUUUUAAUUAUAAUAGUAUUCAAAUUAUAACUGAACUUGAAAUAGGAUUUAGGAUUGCUAUAGAACUUGUGAUGACAGAGACCAGCUAUACUGGUUACUGGUUUCAUUUUGUUUGAGUAAGCAAUCUUCAAAAAAUUAAAAAAAGAAAAACAAAGUAAAAUAAAUAAAUAUUUUUUAGAGCAUUAUUCAUUACAUUAGGAACCACCAGCUGUUAUAUUUGUUUUAUUUGCACCAAUGAAAAUGCAAAGCGACUUUUACGAAUG